AUGAAGAAUUUAAUUAUUUUUGGGGCUCUUAUUGGUGUAUUCUAUAUUAUUGAUAAACAAUUGAAUAUUGAAUUUAUUGAAUCAGAAUUACUUAAAAGAAACUGUCAUUAUAGCUAAUCAGAGGAUAAUGAAAAUAUAGAAUAUUGUGUUUUUAUUUGGAAUUCUAAUGAAACAUUGGCAACAUUUUACUUUUUAUAUUCAUUACCAAUAGAAAUAACAAAAAACUUGAAUAUUUAUUAUUAGCCAUUUCCAACUUCAAAAUAAUUGACAUUUACAAAUAUUUUUUUAGAAGAUCAAAAAAAUUCGACAUUUCCAUUUAUUGAUUCAGAAAUCAUUAAAUAAGAAGUAUAGAGUUCAUUUAAUUUCAAAUUACUCAACUUUACAUUGAAGUAGGGUAAUAUCAAUAAUAAUUAAUAUUAUCUUAUGACUACUUAAUUAUCUGCUGUUUGUACUUAUGCAAUUUUCACAAAAAGUUUAAAUUUAGAGAUCACAGCUUAUUUUAAAAAUAAUCUUAAGUAUUUAGAAGAUGCUUUUGUAGCAUUCCUUUGUCUUGUAAUUAUGUUUCUAGCGAAUUAAUUUAAUAAAUUAGAGAAUACUUCAAUGAUUGCAUUAGGAAAUUAUAUAAAAUAAAAUAAACCACAUAUGCUUCUAAUCAUAUUAUUAAUUGCUUAACCUUUAAGACCCUUAUGCUAUUUUCCUGAAUUUGAAGCAAUUGAAUGGCUUAUUGGUUAAACAUGUUAUGCAAUUGGAGAGUUUUUAUUUUUAAGAUAUUUCUUAUAAAUUCUAUCCUAUUUAUAAGGAUAAAAUAAUAAAACUAACAAAUUAAGAAAUACUCUUGUUUCUAUAUUUGUAAUUGUACCAAUAAGUAUUGAUAGAUGGUUGAUUUCAUUUGAAAAUCAAAGCUUUGUUAUUAAAGAUUUAGAGAAUUAAGUAGAUAAUAUUAAUAAUCUUUUAAAAAUAUGUUGGAUAUGUUAUUUAUUAUAUGCUAGCAUUUUUGCUUAUGAGAUUAUGAUUAGUUUGCAAUCACAUUUGAUAAGUAAAUUUAUUAUUUAAUUUAGGAUUGGAUAUAUUUAUAAUAGAUAUUCUUUUCUUUAUGGUCUAUUCUUUUUAGAAAAGUUCUUUUUAUUUAUAUUAUGAAAACUAUGAUCAUCAUCUGUUUAAUCCCAUCAAUAUGCUUAUGAUAACUUCCUAUAUUGCUAUAUUACUAAAUACAAAUUUUAAUAAGGAAAUAGAAUAAUCUUAAGAAUUAAGUAACAUUAGGCAUUAGAUUGAUUAAGAAGAUGAAAAUGGAGAGAAUAUAGAAUCAACUAUAGCUGAGUAUUAUAUGGAAAAAUCUUCUGAUGAUUAAACAUUGAUUUGA